CAGAUGCAUUGCCAUGACUCUGAGGGGGAUAGUUCAAGACACAUGCGAAUGGCGAUGGCCUAAACAUUUCGCUGUUCCCUAAACGAGCUAGAGCGCCACUGCUCUGCCUUUGCCAUUGGAAGUUGUCCAUCCUGGAGCACGUUUUCCAACGUUUGGCAUCGUAGCAAAAUGGAGUUCUAUGGAGAAGAGGGAUCUGCGGCAGAGCUGAAGGGUACAACUCUAGUGGUUCCUGCCAUCUCGAUCGGCAACGUCGGCCAGCUCGCCAUCGAUCUCAUCAUCACAGGCCUUGAUCUGAAGCGGAUUGGCUUUCUGGAGGAGCCAAAUGUCCUCCCCUGUGCUGGGAAUGAUGCGGUGGGCCUCACCAGCGAGGGGAUCAUGAGCACAAGCCUAGAGGUGUUCCAAAGCUCGUCCGGCUCCAUCACUAUCGUCCAGCAGCGGGCCCCGUACGCCCCCGGCCGGCUCAAAGCGUACGCUCAGAACCUGUCGGAAUGGGUGAAGCGCAGCGGCUUUCAGAAGGUCGUCGUCCUUUCAGGACUGGAUGCAGGGAAGCAGCUCGCCGGCCACUCUCUGCCGCAACAGCGGGUGCGCUACACUGCCGCGACAGCUGCUGUAAGCCAAGACGAGAGAGCCACAUCAGCGGAAACGGGACCCGGAUCUGUAGGUCUUGAGCGGAAGUGCGAGGAGUUAGGGUGGCCCAUCCUAGAAGAUCUGGCGCCAUCAGAGGGGCCGAAUGGACACGGGCAGGAGGAAACUUCAUCAAGCAAUGGGACUUCGUACGGGUCAAUGUUUGGCAUCGAAGGGUCGGGGGCUACGGGAUUGGAACGGGGUCAAUGGUGGGGCCCGGGAAAGGCGUACCAGAGGACUGCUUUUUGGAAAAUGUCGGAAGCUCUCAAGGAGCAGGGCGUGAGCGUGCUGUCGCUGCUUCUGCUGUGCUCAGAGGGCGACAACGUCCCGGACGGGCUCGCCCUGGCGACCGCGCUUGACUCGCUUCUAGGACUCCGUGGCGAUCAAAAACCAGGCAAUGGCCCCAGCGGUUGGGACAUCCCCAGCUCUUGGGCUUCUAUAUAUGGGCCACCACCGGACACGUCGCUCUUUGGCUGAGCUUCCGCUUCGUGCUAGUGAGCAGGAAAAAUUCCGUGGAUUCAAAUCUGCGAUUCUGAUGGCGAAGGUCGAUGCAGGUGGGGUGAGCAUAAGUGAAAAACACGUCGACAAAUCUGGAGCUGCGCUCAACAGAUUGCUGACACAGAACAUAUAUCCGACGUGCGUGACACUGUUUGACAAUUGCACACGUUCGUUGAGUGACCGAGCCUGGAUGCAUGUAUCAGUACUAGUUCAAUCACCACCUCAGGC